CCAAAGCUUGACGUGUGUUAACGUAACGACAAGGGACAUGUUAAUAAAUUACUAAUGUAGGCUUUUGUUUGUGCCGGGUUGUUAAAUAAAACAGUAGAGCAGCAAAAGAAGAUAACGCAAGGACUUUUGGCCCAUCGUCACUUCCGCUUCUCAUUGAUUCAGCCAACGGCGAGUUCACGUCGGUCACAUUGUGGCCAUUGAGUGAAUUUUAAAGACAUGGUUCACAAGAAAGAGCCUGAAUCAGAGCCUCGGCUUUAUGGCUUUACCAGAACAGCGUCUGUUGUGUUGACCCACCUCAUCUGCUUUGGCAUCACUGUCUUCAUCUCAGUUCUCUCUCGACCUGGUACAAGUUGGUUUUCUUGGCAUCCUUUCUUGAUGACCCUAGCUUUUUCCUUCUUCAUGACAGAAGCUAUACUCCUCUUCUCACCUGAGGGCUCUCCUAUCAAAAGUUUUUCACACAAAACCAAAGGUGGUGUUCACCGGCUCCUGCAGGGCCUCUGUGCUUCUUGUGCAGUCCUGGGCUUUGCUGCCAUCUUUUAUAACAAACACCUGAGUGGUAAACCCCACUUCACCUCGUGGCACGGUCUGUUGGGCCUGCUGACAGUGUGUGUGGUCAUUGCGCAGUCCUUGGCAGCGAUGCCUCUCAGUUAUCCUUCUCUAGCCAAAGGCUGGUCCCUCGCCAAACUUAAGCGCUACCACGCGGCGUCUGGACUCAUCACCUACCUGCUUGGCAGUGCCAGCAUGCUCCUGGGCCUCUGCUCUGUGUGGUUCGCUGGAGCUGUCAGAGAAUACACCUGGUACCUGUCAGCACUCUGCCUGGUGCUCAGUGCCUUGGUCAUAAUGAACCAAGUCUCCAGAUCUUACAUGGCUAAAAAACGGUUCCAGUCCUGAUGAGGAUGUAAAAGAACUUAAGAUGAGCUAGCCUCACAGAUUUUGACUUAUUUGACUGAUGUUUUUUUGUUUGUUUGUUUUUGAAGAAGAAAAGGCAUUGUGAUUAAUGAAAUCCUUUUUCAAUACACUGAGGUCAUGUCUUAUGUAGUCUUUCUUGGAUUUUGAGUUAUCAACAAAGAUCAGCUAUUUGCUGAUCUUAAUACUAUCAGCAUUUGUAAUAGCCAGUAAAUGAGAAUUAAAGAUGAGACAGAGGAAGCAGCCUUUAUAUUUUGAGUGUCGAGAAGAGUGUAAGCGAGUAAAUAAAUAACUACACAUCAACGUUAAAUGUUGAAAGAAAAUAAAAUAUUGGCACAUUUAUUGGAUAUUAGAUUUUUAUAUCAACUAUCAGCAUUUGUAUUGUUCUUUAAAAAAGCUGACACCAGUUGGCCUCUAAUUUUGGAGUAGAUGCUACCAAAGCUGUUGUCUGGCUUGUUUGUUUAGUUUCUGCUACUUGAUGUUAGCUUUAACUUAAUGAUCAAAGUUUUUGUGUUAAGUAGAAAAUGUUGCAGUUUUAAACCAACAAACAUAGAUCUCAUGCUUGCAAAGGGUGGAAUGUUGGAGCUAGUACUUAUUCAAUAAGGAAUUUUAAAGAAUGAUAUGUGUGUAUAUACAUGUAUGAAUGUACACACACCAUUUAUUUACUUGUUUAUGCUCUCUUCGGAUCAACUGGUGUUUGUGGUGUUCCAAACAUGGAAGGUGCAGGGUGCCUUCUGCAAAAUCAGCACUCUCAAUAUAGUUGAAGGAUGUUUCUCCGUCUUUUAAACUUUUAAAGUUUUCAUUCAUUUAUAGAUAAGCAAAUACCUAAUAUUGGACAAUAAUACUGGUUAGCCGAUAAAUCAGUCAGGCUGUAAUUAGAGCUGCUGACUGCUGCUUUAGUCUCUUGCUUGACAUGUGACUUGAGCGCCAUCUGAUUUAAAGAUACGAAAGAGAGAAUUUCCUCUGCCCAGGCCAAUGUCCUGUCUUAUAAUUUUAAGGAAAAAAACCCAUCAGGAUUUUUAAAAAAAUGUAAUGGGAUCUUCUUUUAUCCAUAAUAUACUGUAUAUUGACCUAACAUUGAAAUAACGUUGACCUCUUCUCAGGUUACUGAUGAUCCUGUCAUUUCUGAUUAUUUGUACUGUCACGUUUGGAUACAUCAUGGCUUUUAAAAUAAAUGUAUUUGUGUAUGAUUGA